AUGAUUAUUGGGCCACCAAGACCACAUUAUGAGAACAGAAUAUAUAGCCUGAAAGUCGAAUGUGGACCUAAAUACCCAGAAACGCCUCUAUCAGUUAGAUUUGUAACAAAAAUUAAUAUGAGUGGGAUAAAUAAUUCCAGUGGAAUGGUCGAUGCACGGAGCAUACCAGUAUUAGCAAAAUGGCAAAAUUCAUGCAGCAUUAAAGUUGUACUUCAAGAGCUAAGACGUCUAAUGUUGUCCAAAGAGAGUAUGAAGCUUCGACAGCAACCAGAAGGAUAA